AUGGACCCCGUGAGCCUGACCGCAAGUGUGAUCGCUAUUGCGACUUUAGCGACGCAAAGUUGCAAGUUGACAUACAACUUGAUUGCCAGUUUGGUAGGGGCGCCAGAUGUCAUUUCCAACUCUCAAGCAACUCUCCUAGAGACUGGAAAGUCACUCGAAUCCCUAAAAGACUUUCUCGACAGAAAAGGAUCCGAGUACGAAACAUCUGCAGCGUUACAGGUGACCGAGCUUGUUCGCGCCAUCCAGUCCACAAAUGAGACUUGCGAUGAGUUCCGUGCGACAAUCGACAAGAUUACGAAACACUCGAGCGGGUCGCAAUCAUGCAAGCGGGAUAGAAUCGCGGUGAAUAUUAACGAGUCGAAGAUUGAUAAGGUUCGACCAGCAGCUUGGAGACUGUCAAAGAACGAUAAAUCUGGCAGUGGAUUCGAUCACUCUGUUUGUUAA